UAACCGGAAGCAUUCAAAAUGUUUCACACAAUCGUGCAGUGCGUUCUGUUCUGUGCUACUGUCUACCUUUACCGGACAUGGAAAAAUCGUCGAACUUGGCAGCUAUUGAGCCGUUUGCCUGGUCCUCUGAAUUUUCCACUCAUCGGUUCAAUGUACGUCAUCCCCGGGAGGAACACUUCCCAAUAUCUUCAAACUUUGGUCAAUCUAACCGCCACGUAUGGAUCGGCUUACUGCAUCUGGCUCGGACCGGUACCGGUGGUGAUCGUCAGUUCGGCUGAUCAUGCGCGAACGAUUCUGACCUCACCGUCAACUGUGGAUAAAGCGAGCUUCUAUCGAUUCACACCACUUCAAGGUAUUUUUUCGCUUCCUGCACAUAAAUGGCGAGCCCAUCGGAAAAUGAUCCAGCCUAACUUUAAUCAAUCGAUUCUACGCGGUUUUAUACCACUGUUUGAGGAGAAGGCUGAAACAAUGGUACGUGCGUUAGGCGAGAUGGUUGAGACGGGUCAAACAUUCGACAUCUAUCGCUUUACCGCUAGAUGUACGUUGGAUAUGAUUUUUGCUACCACGCUAGGAACUGAUAUGCAUAUUCAGGAAUCUUCCACGUGUAGCUAUCUGGAUGUUCUUGAAGAGCUAUUUGAAGUUGUAACCAUCCGAGCGGUUGACAUUUUUCUUCAUCCCCAGUGGCUUUACCGGUGGACGUCUGUGUAUCAAAAGGAGCUGAAAGCGUUGGAGGAAUUUAGCCGUCCAUCGAAAGCGAUUUUAAACGAGAAAAAGAUAUCCUUUACUCCGACGAAAGAUGACAAACAAUUCAGUUUGGUUGAUCAGUUAGUAAGCUCCACGCUCGAUAACGAAGCUAUUGAGCACGAGCUAAACACAAUCAUAUUUGCUGGCAAUGAAACAAGUGCAAUGACCGUAGCCAACACUAUCCUUCUGCUAGCGAUGCAUCCUGAGGUACAGGAAAAACUUUACAACGAAAUUCGGGCUCACUGUGGCACUGCUGUGGUAGAAAACAACCGCCACGAAACUCUAAACCGGCUCACCUACAUGGAGAUGGUACUAAAAGAGUCGCUACGAUUGCUACCAAUUGCGGCCGUCAUUGGCCGAAGAACGACGAAAGAAAUCGAUCUUGGUGAGUAUCGUCUUCCAUCGAAUAUUGAUAUCGUUAUCGACAUAUUUGAUAUACAUCGAAAUCCUAUCCAUUGGGGUCCUGAUGCCGAUUGCUUUCGACCGGAACGCUUCGAAGCGCUACAGUACGACCGAUUUGCACUGCUCCCGUUCAGUGGUGGAUCGCGGAAUUGUGUCGGUUUACGGUACGCUUGGCUUUCAAUGAAGAUUAUGUUACUUAAGGUACUUACACGCUUCCGCAUUGAAACGGAUCUAAAGCUGGAAGAUUUAACCACCAAAAUAGCACUUACGAUGAAAAUCUCAAACGGACAUAUGGUGCGCCUGAAACGGAGAUAAUAA